AUGGCUGAAGGAGUUGCGUUUGAUAUUGCUGGGAAACUUUUGAACCUGUUGGGCUCCCGAGUUUUUCAUGAUAUCGAACUGGCCUUUGGAGUUAGAAAUGAGAUUAGAAAGCUUGGAGACACAGUGGAAACUAUCGAGGCUGUACUUCUUGAUGCGGAGGAGCAGCACAUAAAAAAGAAUCACCAGGUAACGGUUUGGCUUCGGAGGCUCAAGGAUGCUUUUUACGAUGCAGACGACUUGUUGGACGAUUUCUCAACUGAGGUUCUGAAGCGAGAGGACAUGACUGGGAAUAAAAUGGCAAAAGAAGUACGGAUCUUCUUCUCCCAAUCUAAUCAGAUUGUGUUUAGUCUUAAGAUGGCUUGUAAAAUUAAGACUAUUAGGGAGAGAUUAACUGAGAUUGCCAAAGAUAGAACCUUUCACCUCGAUGAGUGUCGUGAUGAGAAACAAGUUGUCCAUAUAGAGACAGAACAAACACACUCGUUUGUACGUGAAGAAAAUGUUAUUGGGAGGGAUGAUGAUAAAAGUAAAGUUAUAAAACUUUUAUUAGAGUCAAAUGAGAUUGAGAAUGUUUCUGUGAUUCCCAUAGUAGGACUUGGAGGAAUAGGAAAAACAACACUUGCUCAACUUGUUUACAAUGAUAAGAAAAUAAUAAAUCAUUUCAAUUUAAGAAUGUGGGUGUGUGUUUCCGAUGACUUUGAUGUGGCGUUAAUUAUAAGGAAGAUCAUAAAAUCUGCAAAUCCUAAGGCUGUGAGCAACCUUAAUAAACUUGAAAUGGAUCAAUUGCAGAAACACCUUCAUGAAGAAAUUGAUGGAAAAAAAUACUUGCUAGUUCUAGAUGAUGUAUGGGAUGAUAAGAAUCCUGAUAAAUGGGCCAAAUUAAAAGAUUUAUUAAUGGAUGGUGCACAAGGAAGUAAAAUACUUGUGACUACUCGCAAUGAAAAGGUUGCAAGGAUUACUAGUAAGUUUCCAUCUCAAAGCUUGACACGAUUAUCUGAAGACGAGUCAUGGUCUUUGUUUAUGCAAGUAGCAUUUGGGCGUGGGUUAGAGCCAAAAGAUAAAGAACUCGUAACAAUAGGAAAGGACAUUUUAGCCAAGUGUCUAGGAGUUCCCCUUGCCAUAAGGACAAUAGGACACUUACUUUGUGAUCAUAAAAGAAUAAGUGAUUGGUUGCAGUUCAGAGAUUGCAAGCUCUCUGAAAUAGCUCCAGAAGAAAAUGGUAUUGUACCUAUUCUUAAGCUUAGUUAUGAUCAUCUUCCCUCGCAUUUGAAACAAUGUUUUGCCUAUUGUGCAUUGUUUCCAAAAGAUUUUGUUUUUGAAAAGAAGAGUUUUGUUGAUGCUCGAUCUUGCACCAACGAAUUUUUACGUGUAUAA